CAAGUCCUCAUCCACCCUUGAAUUAGCUUGACUAACGUGAUGCACGCAAUCAUCCUUGUUCUGACAGGGCUACUGGCUCUCACCGCAGCUACCAUGGAAAGUCAACAACCUUUGGCUUCUUUUGGAAAGCAAGUGCCUAGGUAUAAAGAAAAUUAUUCAUGCAGAAAAAACGGAUGUCUCCGUGGAUGUCAAUGCGUCCCGAGGUGUGUUUAUUCCUUUGGUAAAGAAAGGUUGAUUUAUCCCCAAAAACGCGGGGGCACUUGCAGUUACAGCGGCUGCACUAGAGGAUACGGGUGCAAAGAUAUUUGUCAGUACACAGAUAGUUUGACCCGGAAAUUAACUGAAUUGUAUCGUAAUCGCCCGUUGCAUGAAUUAACUCGGAAACUGUCUGGGACAGAUUGUGAAGUCAAGAAUUAAAAAAAAUUAACAAUUUUUUUAGUUGAGACAUAAAUCUACUUUAAUUUUUAAUAAAAUGCAUGUUGAACUCAAUUAAAAUUAAAAAAUUCUAAGGUGUUAAAUACUGUCAAAAGUUUGCGUUAUGUAACGCAUACAAAAAAUCGACUGAAUACUAUUUUUGACAGUCUGUAUUCAUGUACAGAAAAGUGGAGGGAAAAUUUUUGAUAUUAGGAAAAGAUAAUUCCCAAAAUGAUAAUAAACUUUAUUUCCUGCAAAAUGUAAAUCUUACAAAGAACUAAGUACCUAGAAGUAGACUUGGUUUCCCUCCAUGUUUUCACAAUAAUUGGCUAAGAUUUAUUAUCCUUGAAUGUUGUGAUGGCCAAAAGAAAGAGUUUUACUUUACUAAAAAAUGAUUAACUAUACUAUGAUGAAAAACAAAAAUAUACUGUUAUCAAAAACAUGGUAAACAGUGGGUGUAGAGUUAUGAAAAGAAAAUGGUUGAGAGUGUAAUUUUGGAAGAUGAAGUAUUUAAUUAGCAUUUUUUGAGGAGGAGAUGCAAGGGAAGAAGGUGAAUUGUUGCAUCAUUAUCAUAAAAAUCUAAUUUUCAAUAAAACAUUGAAAUAGCAAUAAUUUGUCUUAUUCAGCAGCAAACGCCGAAAAAAUGCAAUUUUUAUUUUUAAGUGUGGUACCUAAUAAGCUUCAAAAUGUAUGAUACAAAAAAAAUUAUACGUUAAAAAAAGUUAUCUCUGAAAAACUGAUAGAUGGUACACUGCUCUGACAAAAUUAUAAAAUGAAGCCAGUAAAUCCUUAAUAAAAUGAAAAAUAAUAGCAA